ACCGGAAGAGGAAGCACAGGGCCGUUUCAGAACAUCUAGCGGGUGUCAUGGCUGUUCCUUGCGCCUUGAUCACGAGCUGCGCCGCCGAGUUCCCCGGGGAAGAGCUGGUGAAACGUAUCAUUGGGACAAAUGAGCUUCCCGGAGAUGUUUCCACGGGCAGCGGGGCCCGGUUUUACCCCUGGACAAUAGAGAAUAAAUACUACUCAGCUGACAUCCAUCUCUGCGUUGUGACAAAUCAGUUCCUUGUGACAGCUGAAAUUGCUGAGUCUGUGCAAGCCUUCUUGGUUUAUUUUGACAGCACAUCAAUCUCUGGGCUAGACAGCAUCUCUACGUGGCUCCCUCUCAUAGAAGAGUGGCUACCAGAAGUGAUGAUCUUAGUCUGUGACAGAGUCUCUGAAAAUGGCAUCAACCGACAGAAAGCGCAAGAGUGGUGCAUCAAGCACGGCUUUGAGUUGGUGGAGCUCAACCCGGAAGAGCUGCCAGAUGAGGAUGACGACUUUCCAGAAUCGACAGGAGUGAAGCGAAUCAUCCAAGCCUUGAAUGCCAAUGUUUGGUCAAAUGUGGUGAUGAAAAAUGAUGUGAAUCAAGGCUUUGGCUUCCUUCCUGCUUUAACGGGCACAAGUCGCAGGCUUAGGACAGAAGAAAACGAAGCUCCAGAACCUGAUCCCUUGCCAGUGGAGAGAGCUGUCGAUGCAGGAGAAGACGUGGCUGAUGCAAACAGCCAGCAAGCUGACCCCGCUGCUGAUCCUAUGUUGGAUAUGGAUAUUCAAGAGCUUGCAAGCCUCACUGCAGGAGAGGGUGACCUAGAGAACUUCGAGCGAUUGUUCUCCAAGCUGAAGGAAAUGAAAGAAAAGGCUGCCACACUGCCUCACGAACAGAGGAAACUGCAUGCAGAAAAGGUUGCCAAAGCAUUCUGGAUGGCCAUCGGAGGAGACAGAGAUGAGAUCGAAGGCUUGUCUUCCGACGAGGACAACUAAGGCCUGUAUGUUGCGACAAGGAUUGUUUCUUGCGAACCAGCCGUUGUUGGCUGCCAUAGCAAUUUUUCUUUGACGAAAGGCCUAGUUUUUUGCAUUGGGUGCAGCAGAGGCUGGAGAAAGACCUACUCCUUGCUCAGUUCCAACACACUGAAAUGUGGAUGGCCCUGUUGUUUAUUUCCUUGCCUGGAUCUGUCAGUGGGAACCUGGGAGCUAUCAAGUCAAUGAAGCAGCAGAUGUGUUGCUAUUGCAUCUCUGGAAGAAAAGAAAAGAAAAUCACAGUCCCUACCCAACCCCAACAGAGAGCUGUAAAACAUCUCUUUGUGAAACUCUCAUUUGUGUACUGUAUACCUCCACACAUGCACAUCUUUUCAUUUGCCGUCAUUUCAAAGGAGACCAAGGGCAGGGGGGAGAUAAUAAUCAGCAAGCCUUUGUUAGUGGAAUGGGCGGGGGGGGGGAGUGAUAUUUCUGGGUGUACUUGUACAUGAUGGGAAAAUCUGAGACCAAAUGGUACUCGCACAGGCUAAAAUGCUUUUUGAAUAUUUUAUCAACCUUUUGUCAUCACAACAGGCAUGAGAAAGGUGUGGUAUGGAAAUGUUCCCUGCCUGUCCUAUCCCCACCUCCACACACCCCAUUCCUCUUAUGGCAGCUGAAAAUGUAGGUGCAGCAGUAAACAGGCAGGAGAAAGGCAUGCAGUGUCCUGUAGUAUUUUAUAAGCCCAGUUUCCUUGCCCUGUGCACCAGCUCCCAGUAACUGGGCAAGGUGAAUGAAGCUGAGUGUGGAAGAUUGAAACCCCAACACCUCCAUUAGAGGAAGGCAGCUAUUUCUGCAGUUUCUAGGGCAAAUGAUGGGAGCAUCUUGCUGCUAGAGAUGGGGGCAGGUGGGAUAAGGGAAAGAGGGUGCCCAGCCAAGAGGCUUGAGGACCACAGCUGGUCUAUUUGGCUCUCAUGUCACUGUAGUAGUGUAUGACGGAGUGUGGUGUCCAUCUCCUUCCAGAAAGCAGGGUUAGUGUGUCACUGUAGUCAAGAGUUCCUACCCUAUGGAGAUUUUCUCAAUUGCUGGCUUCAAGUGUAGCCGCUUGGGGUCAAAAGCUCUGUAUGCAAUCCCCUGGGAGAGGGGAAUUUUAUCUCUGACCAAGCAAUGGCAGAAUAUAGGAUUAAAUUCACUGCAGCAAAGGAAGAAUUAAACUGCUUUUGGUGCAAACAAAGUGUGGAUAGAAGCAGCAUAAAACUUGAGUUUGCACAAGCCCCGGCGUUUCCUUUUCUGCUUUUGAAGUAAACGAAGACCACAAUCCACUGAUAUUUCCCUGCAUAAGGGAAAGCCUUGGUUGGUUUCUUACUCAGCAUCAUUUCAUCACCGGGGUGGGGAGGGGCUUAUGCAGGGGGGAUCUCCCCCGUAGGUGGUGAUCUAGACAUUAAUGGGGGGAAACCCACAGUGAAAGCCUGUUGUACCUCUUGUGUUUCUUUUGUGUACUGUAAAUGGGCUGAAUAAAGUUUGUUAUCCAUGAGCAGUAAA